CUCUUUACUAACAAUUAUUUUAUCAAAAAAAAAUUAGUAUAAAUACAUAGGCUAAUGAGUCCACAAAAGGCAUCACUUCUCAACUGAUAAACUAAAAGUUGUCUUCUUUCUUCUUCCCUUAACUAGCUAACCAUAUUUGGGAGGCUAGGUGGUGUAAUUUUUCGGCGAAAUGAGACUUACCAAUGGCGGCCCUGCCAAGGGUCGUCGAUAUUUGCCACAAAUCUUAGUGGCAUUGGCCAUAUUGGCUGUUGCUAAUGUAGUGUCCGCUGACCCUUAUGUGUACUCUUCUCCACCACCUCCGGUGUAUGAGUACAAAUCACCACCACCUCCUUCUCCGUCUCCACCACCACCAUAUGUGUACAAAUCUCCACCUCCUCCCUCACCUUCUCCCCCGCCUCCAUAUGUUUAUAAGUCACCUCCUCCUCCUUCUCCAUCACCACCACCACCAUAUGUGUAUAAGUCCCCACCACCUCCCUCACCGUCUCCACCACCACCCUAUGUGUAUAAGUCCCCACCACCACCCUCACCGUCUCCACCGCCACCAUAUGUGUAUAAGUCUCCACCACCUCCCUCACCGUCUCCACCUCCACCGUAUUACUACAAAUCUCCUCCUCCCCCAUCACCUUCACCACCACCUCCAUAUUACUACAAGUCUCCACCUCCACCUUCACCGUCACCUCCACCACCAUACUAUUACAAAUCUCCACCACCGCCUUCACCAUCACCACCUCCACCAUAUUAUUAUAAGUCUCCACCGCCACCUUCACCUUCUCCUCCACCACCUUAUUACUACAAGUCUCCACCUCCUCCAUCACCUUCACCACCACCACCAUACUACUACAAGUCUCCUCCUCCACCUUCACCAUCACCACCCCCACCAUACUAUUACAAGUCCCCACCACCACCGGCUAAAUCACCUCCUCCCCCAUACUAUUACAGUUCACCUCCACCACCAGUGAAGUCUCCCCCUCCACCAUACUACUACUCCUCACCACCACCACCAAAGAAAUCACCUCCUCCACCUUAUCACUACACUUCUCCACCACCACCAGUUAAGUCACCACCUCCUCCAUACUACUACUCCUCACCACCACCGCCAAAGAAAUCACCUCCUCCACCAUAUCACUACAGUUCCCCACCACCACCAGUUAAGUCACCUUCAACUCCGUACUACUACAAGUCUCCACCACCACCAAAGAAGUCUUCUCCCGCACCAUACUACUAUACUUCACCACCACCACCAACGCAUUACUAUCCUCCACAUCAUCAAUUUGUAGUCAAAGUUGUCGGAAAAGUCUAUUGUUUUAGAUGUUAUGAUUGGAAGCACACAGAGAUGUCUCACGGCAAGAAACACCUGAAAGGUGCUGUUGUUGAAGUGACUUGCAAGGCUGGUGACAAAGAAAUUGUGAGUUAUGGUACCACUAAGAACAAUGGCAAAUUUAGCAUCACGGUUAAAGGAUUUGAAUACCGCAAAUAUGGAGCAAAGGCUUGCAAGGCUAAACUCCACCAUGCUCCUAAGGGUUCAAAGUGUAGCAUUCCUACAAACCUUCAUUGGGGAAUUAAGGGUGCUAACCUCAAAGUGAAGUCAAAGAAUAAAUAUGAAGUUGUUCUCUAUGCAAAACCAUUUGCUUAUGGCUCUAAGACACCUUAUGCCGAAUGCAAAAAGCCCAAGCCUACACCUACUCCAUACUAUUAUAAAUCUCCUCCACCUCCAACACCGACUUAUGUUUAUAAGUCACCACCCCCUCCAUCACCAAAAUAUGUUUACAAGUCACCACCUCCCCCAACCCCGACAUACGUGUAUAAGUCUCCACCACCACCUGCUUACUACUACAAAUCUCCACCUCCACCAUCACCAAAACCUGCACCGGUAUACUAUUAUAAAUCACCACCACCACAAUCACCAAAACCUGCACCCGUGUACUAUUAUAAAUCACCACCACCACCAUCACCAAAACCUGCACCGGUAUACUAUUAUAAAUCACCACCACCACCAUCACCAUCUCCUCCUCCACCAUACUAUUACAAGUCUCCACCACCACCAUCGCCAUCACCCCCACCACCUUACUACUACAAGUCUCCUCCACCUCCAUCGCCUUCUCCUCCACCUCCAUACUACUACAAGUCUCCCCCACCUCCAUCGCCUUCUCCCCCUCCACCAUACUACUACAAGUCACCACCACCACCAUCGCCAUCUCCUCCACCACCCUACAUCUACAAGUCUCCUCCUCCACCAUCACCUUCACCACCUCCACCCUACUACUACCAGUCACCUCCUCCACCGUCACCUUCUCCACCACCUCCCUACUACUACAAGUCACCACCACCACCAUCCCCAUCUCCUCCACCACCCUACUACUACAAGUCUCCUCCUCCACCGUCACCUUCACCACCCCCACCCUACAUCUACAAGUCUCCUCCUCCACCAUCACCUUCACCACCCCCACCAUACUACUACAAGUCGCCUCCUCCACCGUCACCUUCUCCACCACCUCCCUACUAUUAUCAGUCUCCACCUCCACCCGUAAAGUCUCCUCCUCCUCCUUAUUACUACAGCUCGCCUCCUCCACCAGUGAAAUCACCUCCUCCCCCGGCGUACAUUUACGCUUCACCACCACCACCAUAUUCCAACGAAAUGAGACUUAACAAUGGCGGCCCUGCCAAGGGUCGUCAAUAUUUGCCACAAAUAUUAGUGGCAUUGGCCAUAUUGGCUGUUGCUAAUGUAGUGUCGGCAGACCCUUAUGUAUACUCUUCUCCACCACCUCCGGUGUAUGAGUACAAAUCACCACCACCUCCUUCUCCGUCUCCACCACCACCAUAUGUGUACAAAUCGCCACCACCUCCUUCUCCUUCUCCACCACCACCAUAUGUGUACAAAUCUCCACCUCCUCCCUCGCCUUCUCCACCGCCUCCAUAUGUUUAUAAGUCACCUCCUCCUCCUUCUCCAUCUCCACCUCCACCAUAUGUGUAUGCGUCUCCACCCCCUCCAUCACCGUCUCCACCACCACCAUAUGUGUAUAAGUCCCCACCACCUCCUUCACCGUCUCCACCACCACCCUAUGUGUACAAGUCUCCACCGCCACCUUCUCCUCCACCUCCUCCACCAUAUUAUUAUAAGUCUCCACCGCCACCUUCACCUUCUCCUCCACCACCUUAUUACUACAAGUCGCCACCUCCUCCAUCUCCAUCACCACCACCACCAUACUAUUACAAGUCUCCUCCUCCACCUUCCCCAUCACCACCCCCACCAUACUAUUACAAGUCCCCACCACCACCGGCUAAAUCACCUCCUCCCCCGUACUAUUACAAUUCUCCUCCACCACCAGUGAAGUCUCCCCCUCCACCAUACUACUACUCCUCACCACCACCACCAAAGAAAUCACCUCCUCCACCGUAUCACUACACUUCUCCACCACCACCAGUUAAGUCACCACCUCCUCCAUACUACUACUCCUCACCACCACCGCCAAAGAAAUCACCUCCUCCACCAUAUCACUACAGUUCCCCACCACCACCAGUUAAGUCACCUCCAACUCCGUACUACUACAAGUCUCCACCACCACCACCAAAGAAGUCUUCUCCCGCACCAUACUACUAUACUUCACCACCACCACCAACUCAUUACUAUCCUCCACAUCAUCAAUUUGUAGUCAAAGUUGUCGGAAAAGUCUACUGUUUUAGGUGCCAUAACUGGAAGCACCCAGAGAUGUCUCACGGCAAGAAACACCUGAAAGGUGCUGUUGUUGAAGUGACUUGCAAGGCCGGUGACAAAGAAAUCGUGACUUAUGGUACCACUAAGAACAAUGGCAAAUUUAGCAUCACAGUUGAAGGAUUUGAAUAUCGCAAAUAUGGAGCAAAGGCUUGCAAGGCAAAACUCCACAAUGCUCCUAAGGGUUCAAAGUGUAGCAUUCCUACAAACCUUCAUUGGGGAAUAAAGGGUGCUAACCUCAAAGUGAAGUCAAAGAAUAAAUAUGAAGUUGUUCUUUAUGCAAAACCAUUUGCUUAUGGCUCUAAGACACCUUAUGCAGAAUGCCUAAAACCCAAGCCUACACCUGCUCCGUACUAUUACAAAUCUCCUCCACCUCCAACACCGACUUAUGUUUAUAAGUCACCACCUCCUCCAUCACCAAAAUAUGUUUACAAGUCACCACCUCCCCCAACCCCGACAUACGUGUAUAAGUCUCCACCACCACCAUCGCCAAAACCUACACCUGUAUACUAUUAUAAAUCACCACCACCACCAUCACCAAAACCCGCACCUGUGUACUACUAUAAGUCACCACCUCCACCAUCACCAAAACCCACACUUGUGUACUAUUAUAAGUCACCACCACCACCAUCACCAAAACCCGCACCUGUGUACUAUUAUAAGUCACCACCACCACCAUCACCAAAGCCUGCACCCGUGUACUAUUAUAAAUCUCCACCUCCUCCUUCACCUAAACCUGCACCGGUAUACUAUUACAAAUCUCCACCUCCACCAUCGCCAAAACCUGCACCAGUGUACUAUUAUAAGUCACCGCCGCCACCAUCACCAUCACCACCACCACCUUACUACUACAAGUCUCCUCCUCCUCCAUCGCCUUCUCCCCCUCCACCAUACUACUACAAGUCACCACCACCACCAUCGCCAUCUCCUCCACCACCCUACUACUACAGAUCACCAUCACCACCACCACCAUCGCCAUCUCCUCCGCCACCCUACAUCUACAAAUCUCCUCCUCCACCAUCACCUUCACCACCUCCACCCUACUACUACAGGUCACCUCCUCCACCGUCACCUUCUCCACCACCUCCUUACUACUACAAGUCACCACCACCACCAUCCCCAUCUCCUCCACCACCCUACUACUACAAGUCUCCUCCUCCACCAUCACCUUCACCACCCCCACCAUACUACUACAAGUCGCCUCCACCACCGUCACCUUCUCCACCACCUCCCUACUACUAUCACUCUCCACCUCCACCCGUAAAGUCUCCUCCUCCUCCUUAUUACUACAGCUCACCUCCUCCACCACUGAAAUCACCUCCUCCACCGGCAUACAUUUACGCUUCACCACCACCACCAGUCCACUACUAAAAGUUUUUAAGAGUUUAGUCAUUCUCCACAAUCAAUCAAAUAUUAGUUUGAAAGACAAAAUAAAUGAUGGCUUCUUGAGGAAUAGAUUCAAACGUCGAUGGUACAAAGCAAUUAAUUUAUGGAAUAAGAUGUUCAAUCUUUUAUGAAGGGUUGAUUCUUCAUGACAUGGACAUAUUUGAUUCUACUUCUCUUUCAGUCCUCUUGCACAUUGUUCUCUUAGUGCGUUCACAUGAACGUAUCUAGGCUUUGAUGCUUCUUAGAGCUUGUUUCUUCGUAACUUAUUGUUGUAUUGAGGAUAUUGUCCUCGUUUUAUCCAUUUCCUAUCAAUUAUUAUUGAAUGUUGUUCUUGUAAUACCUUCGUGUACUUUGUGCACAAAUCAAUAAGAAGAUCAAUUUCAAGGAAA